AUGCGGUUUGGAUCAGUGCUUUUUCUGGAUGUCAAGAAAUCCUCUGACUCAGACCUAUGUAAUAUCAUGAAGUGGUCUUUGCACACAAGUGACCGAACUCUUUCUCUACCCUAUGGGAGGAAGACAGAGCAAAUGGCAAUAGCACCAACUCCUCACAAGGGAAACUGUGGACUAUGUCUGGUUAUAGACAUAGUUGUAGGGAGUGUGGUCAUCAGUCACCGGGGUUGUGACUACUGUAGAGAUGCAGCAGUAUUCAUCUUCAGGGUUCACAUGCCAGCAACACUGGGUAGAAGGACAAGUUCACUGAAACCAUGGAUGACUGCCCUUAUUGUCACAGCUGUUGUGUUGGUUCUAUCAAUAAUCAUCGGUCUCCUUGUGUAUUUUUUGGCAUUUGAUCAGAAAUAUUACUAUUACCAAACCUCCUUCCAGAUCCCCAGUAUUGAAUAUAAUCCUGAAUUUUCAGUUGAGCACUCAAAAAUUAGAACAGACCUGAAACAAAAAGUCAAUAAUGAGAUAGAUCAGAUAUUUCGAAGAUCCAGUUUAAAUCAUUAUUACAUCAAGUCUCAUGUUGUCACUCUCAGGUCAAGUAAUGAUGGUUUGAAAACAGAUGUAUUGCUUAAAUUUCAGUUUGUUUCUAACAAUGCAGACACAAUAAAAAGGCAAGCUGACAACAUUUUGCAUCAGAAGCUGAUAUUAAAUGACAGCUUCUUGAAGACAGAUACUUCAUUACCUCAUCUUAGAGAUAUGAAUGAAGCACAAGCAGAGCACAUUCUGAACAGCUGUUGUGGUAGAGGGAGAGAGUUUCCAUCCAUGGAACGAAUUGCUGAAGGUUAUCCUGCAAAAAGAGCUGAUUGGCCAUGGCAAGCCAGCCUGCAAAUGGAUGGCAUCCAUUUCUGUGGCGCAUCUUUGAUCAGUGAGGAGUGGCUCCUGACUGCUGCUCACUGCUUUGACAUUUACAAAAACCCCAAACUCUGGAUGGCUAGUUUUGGAACAACUCUCAGCCCUCCUCUGAUGAGAAGAAAGAUACAAUCAAUUAUCAUUCACAACAACUAUGCUACCCAUAAGCAUGAUGACGACAUUGCUGUGGUGAAGCUUUCCACCCCCGUCCUCUUUUCCAAUGAUGUGGGCAGAGUCUGUCUCCCAGAUGAUACUUUUGAAGUCUUGCCUCAGAGUCCAGUGUUUGUCACUGGAUGGGGAGCAUUAAAAGCUAAUGGUCCUUUUCCCAAUACUCUGCGACAAGUUGAAGUAGAGAUCAUAAGUAAUGAUGUAUGUAAUCAAGUUCAUGUAUAUGGUGGUGCUGUAUCAUCAGGAAUGAUAUGUGCUGGAUUCUUGACAGGAAAGCGAGAUGCCUGUGAGGGUGAUUCUGGAGGACCUCUGGUUAUAGCACAUGAUAGAAACUGGUAUCUUAUUGGGAUAGUAAGCUGGGGAAUAGACUGUGGAAAAGAAAACAAGCCUGGACUUUACACCAAAGUGACUUGUUAUCGGGACUGGAUUAAAUCUAAAACCAACAUCUAA